AUGGCGGCACCUCUCGCCCAAGCUGUUCCGGCCGCUCAGGGCACCGCUCCUGCUUCAGCCCCGCUGCCGGCCCCCCUUGUUUCUGAGCCCCGGCCUGUCAGGGUUCUGUUUGAAGACACCAUGCAGGUUCCAGUGAAGAUGGAGUAUGAGCUGGAAGUGCAGACAGAGCAACGCCUGCGAAUGACGGGUGUCCGCAGUGUUUGGGAAACCUUAGAUGUAGAGUACUACUACGACACUGACAGCUUCUAACUGGCUUCUACACAGACCUGGUUAAAUCAGCAAAAUGGCCAGUGGGGACUGAUCCUGGCAGAAUAACGAGAGCUUCAAUCAGAUGACACCAAGAUGCAGAAGAUGAACAUUUUGAAGAAAAGCAAAAUACUCAACUCAUCACCAGAAGAAAGAUCAGCAACAGGUGCUUGCAAAAGCCAAGUUCAGAGAACAUCUUUGGACACGUCUCUAACAUACACAGAACUGAGUGACCUAUGUGCCAUCAUGUCACGUCUCUCAAAGUGUCUCCAACUCCCUCUGACCCACAAUUAAAUACAAAGCAUGACCAUGAAGAACUUGAAAAUGGCCCAGAUCCAGAUGUGUGACAGCUGGACCAGUACAGUGAAGUACUCUCUGCCUGGUGGCUUCUCACUGGUGGUGGAGAGAAACUACAGAAUUCCCACUGAAACACCUUCUGCAUUUUUGAUGAUAAAUGCUGAUGUGCUCAGCAUAAGCAGUGAGCUGGAAAAGAUGGACCGGCUGUGCAAAGAACUAGGCUUAAAACCAAACGAAAGCUGUGAAACUCCGCACUCGUCCCAUGCAUUCAGGAAGAGCAAGAACGGAAACAUUCAGGUGCAUCAUACUACACCUGUGAGGCAGACUGUUUUGGGAACCAAUGACUGA